AUGUCCCCCAUCGAUAACGACUCAGGAAUUGGUUCUCUGCAUGCUCAUGAUGAAAAGGAGCCCACCCAUGCCAUCGCCAUCACUCCUUGGAUGCGAACCAUCGUGAUCAAAUCAGGAGUACUGGCCGUUUUGUCCCAUUUCUAUGGCCUCUCGAAGGAGUGUCCUUACGCCUUCCUGGAGGAAUUCUGCAGAUAUUGCGAUAUCCAACCCUUGCCGGCUGGAUCUACUUCUGAAGAUUAUAGACUGAAGGCUAUCCCCUUCGUCUUGAAAGGCGAUGCGGGAGUCUGGCUUUCGAGGUUGCCAGAAGGACUCAUAGUGGAUAGCAAGAAUGAUCUUAACUUAGCAGCUCAGGGAGAUUUCUCAAAAACCCCAUUCAGGCAAGCUAAAAACAUCCUGGAGAGGUUGAUCGAAGCCAAGCGGUCGAACGAGACAUCCCAUGGCCAGUACAGGAGAGGUGCAGUGCACGCAGUUGAAGCGCGCAGCGAUGAGAAGUUGGAGGCUUGUUUCGAGCAAAUGGAGAAGAAGCUGCUGGAGGCAGUCGAGAAGUCUAGAGCGCCUCAGCCACCCGCACCGAAGGAAAAGCAAUAUGCGCCACCACCACCACCGCCAGAAGAGCAACCACCUCAACCGUCGACACAGCAGAUACAACCCUCUGAAAGGCAGCCAAACUGGCCCGCUCGGAACCCAGAAAGAUCCAGCAACGGAGGAAACAGAAUGCAGGGAGGUCAAGGCAAUUGGUCAGGUGGACCUCAAGGGAAUUGGUCCAGUGGAGGACAACCAAACUGGUCAAGCAGAUAG